AUGCAUCUAGAGAACAAAGAUGGCAGGCUGGCUUCUGGUGCACUGGAGGUGGAGCUACAUCAGACAUCUGCUCCAACUUGUGCAGGCCCUGGGAGGCUGGGGACUGUCAGACCCACCACCAGAAACCACCAACACAGCUGGGCAGACUCCUCAAGCUCCUACCCCAGCCAGGCUGCCGGGCAAAGCCGCUGGGCUCCUGAGCACCAGGAUUUGGACUCAUUUCUCACAGAAGGGAGGUCCGCAUCUCCUUUCCUUCAGUUCUUCAGCUCCAGCUCUAAAGACCCCUGCAUUACAGAAAAUACUCCAUUGCUGCAUAAUUCCUCACAAGACAGAGGGUCUCGAUGCAUGCCUGCUUACUCCUCAGAGUUCAUCACCGCUGAUGAAUCUUGGGAAAACAGCUCGGUUGAAUGGGAACGAAGAUACCUGCUGAGCAGAGACACAGCUGGUUUGUCUACAUCUGCCUCCUCAGAGAAGGGGGAGCUUCCGGACAGCACCCACCUCAGAGUCCAUAUGUCCACACUGAGGCGCUGCUUGCAGUGGGUGAAAGUCACGGGUCUGUUUGUCUUUGUGGUGGUGUGCUCUAUUUUAUUCAGCCUGUAUCCAGAUCAAGGAAAGUUCUGGCAGUUGUUGGCUGUGUCACCGCUGGAAAGCUACUCUGUGAACCUCAGCAGCCAUGCAGACUCCAUGCUGCUCCAGGUGGACCUGGCAGGGGCCCUGGAGACUGGUGGGCCAGGUCGUUCCGGGAGAGAAGAACAUGUCCUGGUAGAGGUGACCCAGACGGAUGCACCGGGCUCCAGGCGGCGUCGGCAGCAGCAGGUCACUCACAAUUGGACGGUAGUUUUAAAUCCCAGAAGAAGUGAGCAUUCAGUGGUGAGCAGGACCUUUGAGAUACUGAACAGAGAGACUGUUUCCAUUAGCAUCCGGGCCUCCCUCCAGCAGACCCAGGUUGUUCCUCUUUUGCUGGCUCAUCAGUACCUGCGGGCAAGUAUAGAAGCACAAGUGACCAUCGCUGCGGCCAUCCUUGCAGGGGUCUACGUGCUCAUCAUAUUUGAGAUCGUCCACAGAACUCUGGCAGCCAUGUUGGGGGCCCUUGCAGCAUUAGCAGCACUGGCUGUGAUUGGCGAUAGACCCAGCCUGACCCACGUGGUGGAGUGGAUUGAUUUUGAGACCCUGGCCCUGCUGUUUGGCAUGAUGAUCUUAGUAGCCAUAUUUUCAGAAACUGGAUUUUUUGAUUUUUGUGCUGUAAAGGCAUACCGACUAUCCCGAGGAAGGGUAUGGACCAUGAUCAUCAUGCUGUGUCUCAUUGCUGCCAUCCUUUCUGCCUUCUUAGACAAUGUCACCACGAUGCUCCUCUUUACUCCUGUGACCAUAAGAUUAUGUGAGGUGCUCAACCUUGAUCCAAGGCAAGUCCUGAUUGCAGAGGUGAUCUUCACAAACAUUGGAGGAGCUGCCACUGCCAUCGGGGACCCACCAAAUGUCAUUAUUGUUUCCAACCAAGAAUUGAGGAAGAUGGGCCUGGACUUCGCCAGAUUCACGGCACACAUGUUUGUUGGGAUUUGCCUUGUUCUUCUGGUCUCAUUCCCACUCCUCAGACUCCUGUACUGGAACAAAAAGCUUUAUAACAAGGAGCCCAGUGAGAUCGUUGAACUGAAGCACGAGAUUCACGUGUGGCGCCUGACAGCGCAGCGCAUCAGCCCAGCCAGCCGUGAGGAGACGGCCGUGCGUGGCCUGCUGCUGCAGAAGGUGCUGGCACUGGAGCACCUGCUGGCCCGAAGGCUGCACACCUUCAAUAGACAAAUCUCACAGGAAGACAAAAACUGGGAGACCAAUAUUCAGGAGCUUCAAAAAAAGCACAGGAUAUCAGACAGGAUUCUGCUUGUCAAAUGCUUGAUGGUGCUGGGAUUUGUUAUCUUCAUGUUCUUUCUCAAUUCAUUUGUCCCUGGUAUUCAUCUUGAUCUUGGAUGGAUUGCUAUUCUGGGUGCCAUCUGGUUGCUAAUUUUAGCUGAUAUCCAUGAUUUUGAGAUAAUUCUACACAGAGUGGAAUGGGCAACCCUUCUGUUCUUUGCUGCACUCUUCGUAUUGAUGGAGGCAUUGGCUCAUCUCCACUUAAUAGAAUAUGUUGGAGAACAGACUGCUUUGCUAAUAAAGAUGGUUCCAGAAGAUAGGCGCCUUGCAGCUGCCAUCGUCCUAGUGGUAUGGGUCUCGGCCUUGGCGUCAUCUUUGAUUGACAACAUUCCAUUCACUGCUACAAUGAUUCCUGUGCUCCUGAACCUGAGCCAAGACCCUGAGGUCAGCCUGCCUGCGCCACCACUCAUGUAUGCCCUGGCCUUCGGUGCCUGCCUGGGAGGUAAUGGGACACUGAUUGGAGCAUCUGCAAAUGUCGUUUGUGCAGGAAUUGCAGAGCAACAUGGAUAUGGAUUCUCUUUCAUGGAAUUUUUCAGGUUGGGCUUCCCGAUGAUGGUGGUGUCCUGCACUGUCGGGAUGUGUUAUCUCCUUGUUGCUCAUGUUGUAGUGGGAUGGAAUGAAUAGAUAUCCAUCAAU